CUUUCUCUCUCUCUCACUCUCUCACUCUCUCUCUCAAAAGUAGUAAUAAUAUUUAUGAAUACGUUGUAAUAUAGGUUUAACAAAACUUUGAAUGAAAUAUAUCAAAAGAUAAUAGUCUGAUAAUUAAUAAGAUAUUUUAGAAUACAUUAAUCAUUACAACUACGCCUCCGUGUUAAAUAAUUCUGUUACGGUUUUACUUUAUAAAGUAAACCGAAUGUGAUAGUUAACGUUUCCAUCAGGUUAAAUAAAAAAGUGCUAAAGUUAGCUUAAAGCGAAUAUAAUAUAAAUAAUCGAGAUUAUCUCUGGAAAAUAUUCUCUGUAAAAAAAAUGGAUGUUAAUAAAGUUGACGAAGAUAAUCAGCGUAGUAUCAACGAUGGUGAUUGGGUCUGUCCAGAUUCUCAGUGUGCCAAUGUAAAUUUUGCAAGAAGAAGCUCCUGUAAUCGGUGUGGAAAAGACAGAGGUGAAUGUACAAAGAAGAAAAAACUGGGACAAGAAAUUGGUAAAGCAGCUGCAGAAAAAAGUAGAGGCUUAUUUAGUGCGGACGAUUGGCAAUGUAGUAAGUGUGGUAAUGUGAAUUGGGCUCGCCGACAACAAUGUAAUAUGUGUAAUGCUCCCAAAUUUGGGGAAAUAGAAGAACGUACUGGAUAUGGUGGGGGAUAUAACGAUCGUGGUAUAGUUGAAUAUAAAGAAAGAAGAGAAGAUGACGACGAUUAUGAUGAAUUUGGAAGACGUAAGAAAAAGAGGAAGAUUGAGAAUCGUUCUGACGAUGAUUCUAAAGAUUCUAGGUACAACAGUCCCUCUCAUUGUAAAGCCAAAGAAGAUGAAAAAGAUGAAAUAGCUGAUGAAGAAAUAGAGCAAGUAGAAGAAAAUGAUAACGAUGAAGAAGAAGCAGAGGAAGAGGAAGAGGAAGAGGAAGAAGAAGAUGAAGAGGAUGAUGACGAUGGUGAUGGCGAUUUAUCUAAAUAUGAUCUCAGUGAAUGGGAUGACUUAGCAGCAGUAAAAAAAAAGCACAAAUGGAAAUACUGUAUCUUCAGAAGAACAACGGUCAAGGUAAUGAGGAAAUGGAGAUGAUUGGCGUGAUUCAGGUACAUCCAGCCACUGAGAAGUUGUGCAGAAGGACAGGUUUGACAUGGGUUUAGGGAUAGAACUGGUUCUUAAAAACCACAAUGAAUAAGUUUUUUUGAAUGCUAUUCUUUUUUUGCACUUUCACAAUUAAAUUACGAUUUAGGUUAUAGAAUAGAUGUGCGUUGUUAAAUAAGGAUUAGUAAAGUACUGUUUUAAAAAGUAUCUCGAACUUAAAAAUAUUACUUUUACAGGCAGAAGAAAAUACUUGGAGCAACAACAAGUCCGCAACUAAGAAUAUACGUAUAAUGCGACAAGUUUAGUGAUCUAGUGAGCACUUUUGAAUAAAGUGGAAGAUAAUAUAAAACUUCUUGCAAAAGGAAUCGAUUGAUGUAAGCUUCAAAUUUGUGAUCAAAUUGAUAGGAAGAAUGAUAUGAUGAAGGAAAAGGAAAAACAAAAACGUAGGUUGUUCAUCUGCGCAAUAUUGUCAUUUUGCAUAAUAAUGCAAAAUUUAUAAAUCAUUAAGCGUAGAUAAAAUUCUUCGCUAGUCAAAACAAGAUUUAUGGUUUUGGUGAAUCCUUCUAGAUACAAUUUUCAUAGAUAAUUGACGUAAGAUACGACGUUACUUUAAUAUAAAAACUGAGUAUGUGAAUAUAGAAAAUUUCAAAGCUUUGCAAAAGCACGGAAUAAUUGUAAUGGCUUCGAGUUUUCAAUUGUGUUAUUACAAACGCACUAGGUCAAUGUAAACAUAUCACUGCUUAAAUUGCUCAGCCUGCUUUUGUAAUAUUUUACUCUUCACCGCUUUACAAUAUUUUUUCGGUCUCUUUCAUUUUUCUAUAUCUAUGCAUAAAUAUCCGAAUAAGUAACUAUACUAUGUAGUAUUAAAGAAUCAUUCCCUAAUGAAUUCGGAUGUGUUCUCGCGUUAUCAAAAUGAUAGAAAAGAUAUGUUCUCCUUAAUUAUCAUAAAUUUGAAUAAAUCUAAAGGAAUCGACGUAUUUGAAACAACGUGAAUUUAUCGCUAUAUCAUGGUGUAUAGCGACAUCAAUUACAACUUUGAUGCCUGCUUUUAAACUAUAAAAAAAAAUGGUUAUUAAUCAAUAUCAUAAUGACUUCUUGUAAAUAUCUUUAUUUUUCAUUUAUAAUAAAAAUCAUUCGUCAACAA